AUGUCUUUGCCAACAAUCUCACGGGAGGAUGUGCUGAAGUUCGAGACGUUCCUAUUCGAUGCUGAUGGUACUCUCUGGAAGGGUGACACUCCACUUCCUGGAGCAGUCGAUUUCGUUUCCACACUUCAACGGAAAGAAAAACGUGUAUUCAUUGUGAGUAAUAAUCCCAAUAGGACCAUGAGUCAGUCUUUGUCCAGAAUAACAAAAAUGGGAUUUGAAGGUUUUACGAAGGAAAACGUGAUAGAUUCUGGUGUUAUCGUGGCUGCAUACUUCCGUGAUCGUCCAGAUUAUGCUGGGCAGCCAGUUUAUCUUUUGGGAAACGAGAAUCUGAAGAACGUAUUGGAAAGUAUAGGACAAGUUCGUUGUUUCGGCGUUGGAGCUCAAGCUUCUGAAACUCAUACAGAUGAAGAUUCCUCUUUAAAACCGAAGGCUGUGGUGUCCAGCUCUGAUCCGUACCUUAGUUAUGCAAAGAUCAUGCAGGCUGCCUGCUUUUUGAGACGGAACGAUGUCGAGUUUUUGGUAACAGAUGAAGAUUAUGCGCUUCCUGUGCCGAAUCUAGGCGAUGAAAUUCCUCGUUCAGGUUGUCCUUCUUCUAUCAUCCAAGCAGUUUCCGGCCGUACCCCGAAGGUAUUCGGAAAGCCACAUAAGCCAAUGGCCGACUACCUGAAGAGGAAAGCUCACAUCGAUCCUGCUAAGACCGUGAUGUUUGGAGAUCGGCUCGAAACGGACAUUCAAUUCGCUAAUGAGAACGGUUUCACGAGUUGUUUCGUCCUGACCGGCGUGCAUUCGCUGGAAGAUGUGGAGAAAGCGAAGCAACGUGGCGAGAAGAAACUCGUCCCAGAUUACGUCUUCUCGUUUCUUUCUAAUUGA